AUGAAGCGCCGGGCUGUACCAACCGCGGCCGCGGGGGAGCACGGCCCUCGCGCGCGCCUCACCCUCGCCGUGCCGACCCCGCGGCCGCGGGCGCCCCGGCAGCGCCCGGGCGCAGGCGACUCAGACCCGGUCGCGGAGCCGGCCGACCCGCGGCGGAGUGGGCGCGGCGCGCCCGCAGCAGGGCCGCCCCCCCAGCCGCCCCUCCCGCGCCACACCGUGGAGUCGCCCCUCCCGGUGGGCGCGGCGGGCCGAGCUGCGCGCAGGCGCGGCGGCGCGCGGCGCGGGGUGACCCUCCGCAAGGCCUGCUCCAUCCAGGACGAGCUGCAGGCCGGCGAGCGCGUCCGCGGCGGCGAGCGGCAGGCCAGCGUGUGCCGCGCCUUCGGCGUGCCGGGCGGCACCCUGCGCGGCUGGCUCAAGGACGAGGCGAAGCUGCGCUGGUUCCUGCAGCAGCUGGGCGGCGAGGGGGGCACGCAGCGCAAGAAGAUGCGGCUGGCCAACGAGGAGGCGAUUGACCGCGCCGUGUACGCCCGGUUCCUGGCGCUGCGCGGCCACGGCGUGCCGUCCGGCCCUGCCGUCCAGGCGCAGGCCGAGGCCUUGGCGCGCCAGAUCCACGGCCCCGCGUGCACCUUCAAGGCCAGCCACGGCUGGUCCUGGCGCUGGCAGAAGCGCCACGGCGUCUGCAGCCAGAGCCCGCCCGCCCCUGCGCCCCGCCCCGCCGAAGGCGCCUAUGGCCACGAGCAGAUCUACAGCGCGGAUGUCACAGGCCUCUCCUGGAGGCUGCUGCCCGAGCAGGCCGCGCCCCCGGGUGAGAGGGUGACCGUGCUGCUGCCGGCCAACCUCACGGGCAGCCACAAGCUGAAGCCGCUGGUCAUCGGGCGGCUCGCCGACCCGCCCAGCCUGCGCCGCCGCAACCAGGACAAGCUGCCGGCCUUCUCCCGCUACAGCCCGGGCGCGUGGCUCUGCCGCCCGCUGCUGCGCGGCUGGUUCUUCGAGGAGUUCGUGCCCGGAGCCAGGCGCUACGUGCGCUGCAGCCGCCUGCAGCAGCGGGCGGUGCUGCUCGUGUCCCAGCCGCCCUCCUCCUGGCUGUCCCUGCUGGACGACGGCGAGGAGGCGGCGGCCAGGCCGUGCCGGCCGCCCGGGCCGCUACAAACCCCCGGUGGCGCGGUGGCCGCCUUUAAGCGGCUGUACAAGCGCGAGCUGCUGUGGCUGGCCAUGUUCUGGCCGCUGGACUUGUCGCGCAGCUUCAUGCUCAAGGACAUGCUGUACCUGGCCGGCCUCUCCUGGGACCUGGUGCAGGUGAGCAGCAUCGCGCGCUGCUGCCUGCUGGACCUGAGCACCGGCCUCGAGCCGAGCCAGCAGCCCGCGCGCCACGCCGAGGAGGCGGCCGAGCGGAGCCGCGUGCUCAGCGACCUCAUGCACCUGGCGGCGCUGGCUAGCCUGGCGCCCGAGGAGGUGGCUCAAUGGCUGCACCUGGACGAUGGGCCGCCAGGCACUUGCUGGCCACAGGCGGACCACACCGCCCCCCCCCCCCCCCCGGCAGCCCUGGCUGACUUUCGGGGCGGGGAGCAGGGCCAGGAGGCCGCUGAGGUUGAGCAGGAGCCCGGAGGAGGGGGAGGUGGUGCCUCUGUGCCCACUGCAGGGGAGGCCGUCCGGGGGCUGGAGAGCCAGCACCCCAGUGAGGUGGGGCCGCUGCGAUGGUGCAGCUGUGCUCACUGAUCGGGGUGGCCGCAGGCUUCCAGCGACAGUGGUGUGUGACCCAGCUGCCGCCCUGCUCUGAGAAGGGCUCUGUGGGGAGGGUCCCCUAGCCCCCAGUGCCUCGGGGCUGCUGGCUGUGGCUACCGUAGGAGGCGCUGGGCAGACGCUGAGCCUGCGGUUGAGGAACUGGGUGGCACAGCCGAAUGGACUGACCUGCUAGGACCCCCAGGAUGUGGGGCUGCUUUCUUGGGCCGUGCUGCAGAGCCUGGGGACCCAGGCCCCUGGAAGGUCAUUCGGCAGGGCAGGGGCCAGCUCCCUGGGGGGUUGGGCUGUUUUAGGAAGCAGCAGCACGCUCACCCCACCAGCAUCCCCCUGGGGGCGCGCGCACACACAUACCCAGGAAGCCCUGGCCAUGGCUGGCAGACACCCAGCUGGGCUUGGGAGAACUGAAAAGUUGGGGCAGGGCCUUAGCAGCACAGGACGUGGGCCUUGCUCCUGGACAGAGGGCAGAGAGGCUGACCAUGCGUUUCAUAAAGCAUCCUUACUUUCAAGCUUUUUGAAGAUUUGCUUUAUUUGAGAGGUCUUCACCCAUUUCAGUCCCCAUGUGGCUGCAAUGGCCAGAGCUGGGCUAGUCCACAGCCAGAAGCUUCUUGGCCCGCCACAUGGGUGCGGGGGCCUGAGGACCUGAACCAGCGUCCGCUAGUUGCCCAGGCCACAAGCGUGCAGCUGGAAGGGAAGUGGGGCAGCUAGCACAUGAACGGGCACCACAGACAAACUCAGCCCACGGCACUGGCCCUAAGCUCCUACUUCCCUCCUGAGAGGUUGGAUGUGGCCCUUGCUAAGUACCCCUACCUUGAACUUGCAAUCCCUGCCAGAAGGGCAGACAAGGAUGGGGAGUGGGCGGGGCAAGAAACAGACGCAGCACGGCCUGCCAGGGUUAACCUCUAGCAAGGGGCUGGUAAUGGCUCCUGUGCUGUGACUGCCAACUGCCCACCGGUCCUGACUGCCCAGGCCAGCUGAAGGGGCCCAGGGGAAGCAUCAGCAGUCCUGAAGGCUGCAGGUAGGGGUGGGGGAGAGUAGGGAGCAAGGGGUCCUGCAAGGGACUCGGACCCUCCACCCCCAGGGGCCCCAGAGCUCUGGCCUGCACACCACAGCAUCGCACCACCUCAAUUCAUGGCGUCCCUGACCAUUGGGAUGCACCUGGUGGCCUUGCUGGGCUCGGGGUCUGAGGGAGAGAGACC